CGUGUAAACCCUCUGGCACAACACCAUGUCCCGACCCAUUUUUCUUCCCACGAAAGUUCUCCGAAGUUUGUGAUCACAAAGAAGAGGAAAACGUAGAGAGAGAGUGAGAUUCAAGCUUUGUGAUUUUAAUCAGUUGCCGGAAAAACAUCACACAAUUGUAACAAAAAAGAAACGAACAUGGCUCCGGCGAUGUCGAAACUUGCCGUUAAUGACCCCACUGGUUUUGAACUAAGUCAUAGAGAUCACUCAAACAUUAAGCAAGAACGUUCACCGACGGAGUUUCUUAUUGCUUGCAAGAACAAUGUGGUGGAGUUCGUGAGACAGGCGAUCCAAAAACGCCCAGAACUCGCAAGGUCCAGAGACAUCAAUGGUUACACUGGCUUGCACUUCGCUUGUGAAAAUGGGAACAUCGAGAUCGUGAAGGAGCUGGUCAUGUUUGACUCUCAUCUGUGUCUUCUGAGGGACUGGCACGGUAGAAUUCCUCUUCAAAUUGCGGCGAUCGUCGGAAAUUUAGAAGUUCUGAAACUGUUAGUCAAGGAUUGUCCAGAAUCUAUUACUUUAGAGUCUGUUACUGGGGUGACCCUUUUCCGGGAAAAUACUUUUCACUUGGCCCUGAAAAACGAUCGGUGGGAGUUCUUUAAAGUGUUGAUGACAGAGAUUGAGAAGCUCAAGUUGGACCAUGAGGACCUUCUGAACUGCAAGGACAACAAUGGCGACACAGUCCUCCAUAUUGCAUCCGAUAAGGGGCAAACUGAGAUAAUAAGUUUGUUGCUCAAGGACAACACUAAAAAAGGGCCUUUGGUGCAAGUAGACUCAAAGAACAACGUGGGCCACACAGCCUUACACCUUUAUUGUCAAACUAGUUCUUGUCUGACUAGUUCUGGAAGGUAUAUCCUCCAACUCUUCCAUGAAGCUGAAGCCCAGGAGAGAGUUCCAUUGCAAUCUCAAUCACCACCACCGAAAUCUACCACUAUGGACAGGCUGAUGCGGGCUAGGAUAUCCAUUGAAGUAGUUGCUGUGCUUGUGACUGCUUCAAUUUUCUUUGCAGGGGUUGCUUAUCAAGCUCUUCCGAGUUAUGGCAAUGUUUUCCCACUAGCUCAACAGGCUAAAAAUGAUACAAUCAGUGUUGUAGGUAUCCUCUCAGAUCCAGGUUUAAUUCCAGAUGGCUUCUACUUCAUCCUAUCCAAUACGGUGGUGUUUGUCUUGAGCAUGGUGGUGAUACUGGUGGCGAUAUGGUUGCUGGACAGCCCAUGGUCAUUUAUUGUUAGAGUAGUUACGCUUUUUCUUGCAAGCACAAUUUCCUUCGCAUAUGCACUUAUGGUGAAGAGGAUUGUGCCUCACUUUUUCAUUAGUAUCAUUGGCUCUUUGAAGGUCUCAAGCUUUUUGGCUGUGUGGUUAUUUGAUCUAGCUUUCAUGAUCCUUUUAUUGGCAGUGGUGCUCUGCUCAUAGUUGUAACACCAACCCAUCCAUAGCACCUAGGUCACUGUUGACCAAAGCGUUUGGCCUCUGACUCUGUCCUUAGCCUUGGCCUUGAACAUCUGAAUGUUGUCCUUGAUUUCGGACCUUUGUUGACCUCGACCUUUGUUGUGCCUUAGCCUCUAUUGACCCUGUGUUUGAUGUUUGCCCUCAGCCUUUGUUGAUCUUGGUUUUAACGUUGUUCCCAUCCUAUGUUGACAUUAAGUUCCAGUCUCUAUUGACAUUUGUUCUUGGCCAGCCCCAGACCGCUGUCCUUUAUAUGGUUUGUUGUAUAAAGAGCUGUAAGAAAAAGUAUACAGCAAUGAGAGAAGAUAGCGUCUUCAUCCUUCCCGGCUAUACUUUCUUCUUAAACUCAUUUGUAUUCCAUGUGUUUUGUUUAUCUGUAUAAACAGCCACGAGGGCUUUCUGUAUUACAGAAUGCAUAGAAGGGUUGUUAGUUUUGGUUGCUUAUACAUUGAUUCUUAUAGGAGUUCUCUAUUGAAGAAACCAAAUUUCAUUACUGAUGAG